GCAGACAAUUGUAAGCACGGUAUCGAUUACUGCGGCUGGAACCUUCUUAAUAGAGGAAACACCUACAACCAACGAAUUCCCAACGAGCUCCGCGUAAAAAACCAACCCGACGACUUCACGCACGUCAACUCUUCGCUUUUUUGGUGUGUGGGAGGAGUGAAUGGAGAUAUCGAAUUUCAGGUUUAUUGUGGAGAUGGGAGUUGUAAAGAUGGCGGGACGAAUAAGAGUGACUAUUGC